AAACAAAUGGGUUGUAAAAAAUUUCUUUGAUGUUACUUAGCGGUUGUUUUCUAUGUAAACUUUUUUUUCACUUUGUUUCUAGUUCUAUUAACUGAAAACUAUGGCUCUCAUUCACAAAAUAAUGAGCGUUACUGUACUUCUCUUGCUAGCAUGGAUGUCUGUUGGAAUUGUUAUGUACAGAACUUCAUCAAAUAAACUGAAUGAUGUAUUUGAGGAAAGUACAGAAUUGUUUAGAAUUCCACUUUCCCCUAGUGAGGAAAUAGAGGCCUGCAGAGCUAAUAAUCGAAAAUUGAGUCCUAAUUUUUGGAAAAAGGUGAAUCUGCGCAAGGAAAAAAUCCCUGAAGAAAUCAAUGAAAUGAUGUCUGCAAUGGUGGUUCAAUCAGACUUUAUUGAGGUUGAGGAUUGUGAUAUUCAUAUUCUUUAUGCAAAACCAGCAAGUUCUAAUCGUAGCAUAUCUGUUUUGCUACUACAUGGUCAGUCUUACAAUUCAGAAACCUGGAAUACACUUGGUACUUUAAGAAAUUUAGCAGCUUUUGGGUACUAUACAGUUGCUGUUGAUCUUCCAGGGUUUGGACGGAGUGCUGCUAUUAACGAUCUUGAUAGAGGCCAAUUUUUGACUGAAGUCAUUACUGCACUAGAUCUCAAAAAACCUGUAAUAGUAAGCCCUAGCGUGAGUGGAGCCUUUUCUCUCAAGUAUCUAUUAAAUAAUUCUGACAAGAUGGCCGGCUUCGUUCCUGUUGCACCCGUUAGUAUGAGCAUCAUUGAUGACAGCCCAUGUUCCAUUGAUGAUGAUGACGUGCUUCAGGAUGAAGAUUGUCAAAGAAUCAUGCACUAUUUAAAGAAGAAACCGAGGUUGAACUGCUAUUAA